AUGAUCUGCCAGUUUUAUCCAAAAUUAUCAAGAUCUUCCAGCACCACAACCCGACGACCUGCACCGCCACCUCCAGCUCCAACCACUCGACCAGCUCCUUCCACAACUAGAGCUCCUCCUGCAACGACAACAACUCGCGCGCCAGUACGUAGCAGCUCUCCAAACGCGGCACGAUGUCAAGCAAUAAUCCAAGAUCCGCUAGUAUCGGCCGAAGAGAUGUGGAGAGAGAAACUAGUCGUUUCUACAGAAGACAAUUCUAACCGGAGAACAGUGGAUUUGGACGCGGUAAUUCGAUCAAAUCUGGCGAAUGUUUGUGUUCCGCGACUGGACGAAAGCAAUUGCGAAAGAAAUACUUGCUAUAAUGCAUACUUCAGGACCAUGGACGGGACAUGCAACAAUCUCCAGCAUCCAUUGAGAGGAGCCGCCUAUCGCCCUUAUACUCGUCUUUUGCCAACUGUUUAUGACAAUGGCCUCUCGGAACCAGUCGGAUCAAUGAACCCUCAACUGCGCCCAUCUCCUCGAGCAAUCACUCGACAUCUCACGUCCUCUCAUGCCUCGGUUGUCUCUGAGGACUACAACGCUAUGGUUAUGCAGUUCGGACAACCACAUUGGUACCGUCCUGCCAAGUGCAACGUCUGUCAGAACAUCACAAGUCGUUGUAUGGCGGUGUCGAUCGCAAGCGACGACCCAAACGCUGGAUUCCGCCGCAAUGGAUGUGUCCGAGUCUCUCGAUCGUCACCGAUUUGUGGAUCUGGUAAUCAGAAACCCAGACAACAACUCAAUGAAAAUACAGCUUACAUUGAUGCAUCACCCAUUUAUGGCUCAUCCGUAGCCGAUAUGUCCAAGUUCCGUGAAGGGCGCACGGGUUUCCUCAAGCUGCCCUCUUUCCAUGGAAUGUCAAUGUUACCAUUCGACCAAUCCAAGUGCAGAAGUCGCACCUCAUGUACGGUAGUGUUCACAGCCGGAGACAGCCGAGUGAAUCUGUUUGUUGGAUUGUCGGCUUGGCAUACGAUAUUCACCCGAGAACAUAAUAGAAUUGUGACUACUCUUUCUCGGAUAAAUCCCCACUGGAACGGCGAUCGACUCUAUCACGAAGCCCGAAAAAUUGUUGGAGCAGAAGUACAGGCCAUAGUCUACAGAGAAUGGCUGCCGAAGAUCUUGGGUGCAGCGUUCUCUUCAGUGGUCGGUGACUAUCGGGGCUAUGAUCCGUCGGUCGACGCCACGAUUGCCAACGAAUUCACUUCGGCUGCCUUCCGUUUUGGUCAUGGAAUGAUUCAGGAGUUUUACCAACGGCUUGAUCCCAACUUUGGUAACUCGUCUUUUGGAGCACUCGCACUUCAAAAGGGAACAUUACAUUCGGAUGUUCUUGUAAACGAGGGAGGACCAGACCCCUUGGUAAGAGGUAUGUUCACGCAGAAUGUCAAGCGACCACAACGAGUCACCACGACCGUUACGGAGAAUAUGUUCGGCUCAACAGAUCUCAGCACCAUAAACAUUCAGCGAGGACGCGAUCAUGGCCAUCCAAGCUACUCGAAGUAUCGCGAGCUGUGCGGCAUGGGGGUCGCCACCAGUUUUGACCACUUGUCACGAGAAAUCCUCAACACAGCAACUCGCGAGAAGUUGGAGAAAAUCUACGGCAGUGUUGACCGAAUCGAUCUCUGGGUUGGAGCUCUACUUGAAGACCCUGUAGUUAGAGGUCUCGUAGGGCCAACUAUAGCAUGUAUUGUUGGGCCUCAGUUCAAGAGGACGAGGGACGGAGACAGCGUUUUACUACGAAAAUCCCGGAGUGGUCAGUUCGACCGCAGUUCACUCAGUCGGAUCAUUUGUGAUAAUUCGAACACUAUCACGAUGGUUCCAAGAGAGGCUUUCCGGCUUGGUCAUCUCACUCCCUGCAGCCAGAUACCACAAAUGGAUCUCAACAAGUGGAAAGAAUAG